AUGCCUGUCAUAAAAGUUACCGUUGAACCCCCCGCGAAACCGUAUCCGCAGGUCUCCGACUUGCUUAGAACAUUAACCGAUAAACGAAUAAAGAACGAAAAGAAUAUGAUGCAAGACCUCGAGAAGUCCUUCAACACACACUUGGAGAAUAUGAAGAAGACGAUUGAGGACGAACUGGAUAAGUUACUGGCAAUCUUUGAUGACAAGGCAACGUUGAAGAAGGUGGUUCAGGCGAGUAAGGCUACUCAAACGUCGUACGGGUUCAUUGAGCAAAGAAGCGAUGAAAUUAGACCGGACGCGGUGACAGAGGUCUCAGCGGCGGCGGAGGCUCCUUCUCAAGCGCGUGGAAGCCCAUUUCCGGAUUCCGGCGUGCAUAAGGAGGCUGCUGUUGAUUUGAGCAAUAAGUUGAGCCAUGAGUUGAAUCACAAAGGUAACCUUACGGGGAGCUAUCCAGACGGGAUUGGAAUGGAGUCCAACUCCGAUGGUCCAUUAUCGUUUGUGGAAAAGGGGAUUGUAGAUAGCUUAACCGAGCGGCUGAGUAACAUAGGUUCGCCAUCCAUGGUCGUGCAACUCAUGGAUGUCUAUGUCCCAGACUCCUCGCUGGAGGCUAAGAUCAAGGCGAUCGAGGACCGCCGAGUAACUGCGGAGAAGAACCUGUUUAAGGUUGCCGGCGACAUGUUCGACGAAGUCGAUACGCUAACUAAAAAUGAAAUUCAGAUUAAUCUCCAGAUCCAACUGGACGCGUUUACCGCUGAUCUGGACAGUAUCAAAUCGGUCCUGGGCGGGGUCUCUGCCUUCUUGGAGCACCACCAGGAAGGGCACCACCAGGAAGGGCAACACCAGGAAGGGCACCGCCAGGAAGGGCAACACCAGACAGAGCAGCAGCUGGAAGAGCAUUGUGAUGACCCUGAAGCGAAGGAUGGUCCAGUACCAAGGUACGAGACCGAAGACAACCAAGAUGCCGGGCCAGGCCGAGACGACGCUGACCCGGCCUCGCGGCCGACGAGAGGAUGGUCGGAGGACUCCACCGAAUGGGACCUGGGACUCCCGAGAGGGGGAUCGCAGGAUACUGUGGGGGAGGCGGACGGUCUCACGUUUGUGGAAACCGUCGACGGUCCGGAAACCGCAGACGGUGCGGAGGCCGUAGACGGUCCGGAGCUCGUGGACGGUUCAGCGGCCGUGGAUGUUCGGCCGCUUGGUUUUAUUUCUGAUAGUCCUGGCUUGACGUCCAUGUGGGAAUCGGUGGCGCCGGGGUUAUCCUUCCUAGGAAUCGAAGCUCAACAGUUGAAUGUGGCCGUGGGGACUCCGGACACUCCUUAUCCCACAGUGGCGGAUGUGGUGCAUGAACACCUCAUGGCAAGGGAGGCUUCCGAGCGACUGAUUCGGACGAAAGUUUUGCAAAUGGUCCAGCACUUGAUGACGUCUCACACGCAGAUCCUCAAGGAAGGACUUCGACCAAGAAUCGCCAAAGCCAUCACAACCCUCUCCACAGUAUCUAGCGCCUUGCAUGAAUUAUAA